AAGAUUCUUAUGGUAAUGGAACGAGAUGACAUGUUGAAUAACAAUAACAAUUCACACGUGAACAUCAUAGUAGAGCUAACAACAACUGACAAUCAUUUCUGAGUUUUGAAAGGAAGCAGUAACUUGGUUCAAAGGUCAAUGUGCAGAUCUGCUUAAACAUAAACAUCACUACAUUAUAGGUCAUGUUUAAAAUAUACAAAUCAUUAUUUUGCACUUGUAUUCCUUUUUAGUAUAAGAAGCAUCAAACUUUUGGCAGUCCAAGCAAAUAAUGAAUCAAGCAGAAGACAUUUUUGUAUUCCAUGUAUACACUAAAUGUGAAUGCUGUACCUAGUGCACAGUGCAUGCAGAAAAAUAUUGUAUAAGUAGUAUGGUAACAUGCCAAUCUAAACACAAACAAUGUCUGUCUGUGGGACAGCAGAUGGAGGAUUACAGUGGGUGACCAAAGAGCAUAAGGACACCAGGUGGAAACGUUACACUACAGCUAACGCUGGAUUUCUGGAUUUGAUCUGGAAUCAAGACUCACAAAAAGCUGCAUUUCAGUGAAAUAUAAUUCAGAAUAAUUUUGUAUGCAUUAAGGACCUGGCAAUUGCUAAAAUUCUCUAUAAAUAAACAAAUAUAAAUAUAAAGGGAACUGGCCAAAAGGUUUCUAAGCUUCUCAGAAAACACAUGCUGCAAUGAAACUGCAUGCAUAGGCAAAAGGAAAUUACAACAAUAACAGAAGUUCACUUGUCACUUAGACUAUUUUCCUUAUACAACCCAGUCAACCAAGACCUUGAGAUGGAGGCGAUCAACUUUACCGGCAGCUCUUAUGAGUAUUACUCAUAUGUGUAUGAUGAUGUGCUAAUCUCAAUGUGUGAGGUCGACAACUAUAAAAUGAUCACCGGCGUGUGCUACGCCACAAUCUUCUGCCUCAGCAUCCUUGGAAAUGGCUUCCUCGUGUGUGCGCUCACCUGCUACGAAGGCCUGAAUGGGGCUACCAACCUUUUCAUGUUCUGUUUGGCUCUUUUUGACCUUCUGUUCACACUGACGUUGCCUUUCUGGUGCGUGGAGCUUCUUCAUCAUUGGGUUUUUGGUGACGUCGCCUGCAAGAUCAUGACCGGGGCCUAUUUUGUAGGCAUUUACGGAAGCCUUAUCCUCCUCACGGCCAUGACCCUCGACCAUUUUGUUGUGGUUGUGUUCAGAAGCUACUGGCUAACACGGAGUCAAAGGCUCAAAUUUUCAAAAGUGGCCUGCAUUGGUGCCUGGAUCAUAAGUUUGAUUGCUUGUCGGAGAGAUUUAACAGCCGCAAAUAUCAACACAUACUCUUGUGAAAGCACCAGUAUGUAUGACGAAAAGGCUGUAUAUUAUGCACAGCUCAUUCUGCUGUUCGUCGUCCCGUUUGCAAUCAUUGCUUUCUGUUACACCAAAAUUCUUUUGACCCUCAUGUCAAUGUCGACCAGGCAGAAAUGCAGGACUGUGAUACUGGUGCUGUGCAUUGUUAUAGCUUUCUUCAUAUUCUGGGGGCCCUAUCAUAUCAUCAUCGUGCUCAUGUCAAUCUAUGAUUUUGAUCCCUGCGAACAUUAUCAGCUGCAUGUUGCAUAUAUCAUCUGCAGGAUUCUGGCAUUUUCUCAUUGCUGCAUGAACCCAGCGCUGUAUAUUCUCAUAGGGAAGUACAGAAAUCUCUACAGAGGACCAACAGAUCUGAGCGACUCCUGGGUUCAUCUGUACACGAAUGAAGGAGCUUGAGAAAAAAAGAAGUGCAACAAACAAACAUUGUAGAGCUGAACACACUGAAAACACUGUAAAAAUGAAGCCCAUAAACUUGAUGAAUUUAUCUACUCCCAGAAAAAAAAAAUUGUAAUAGAAUGGUCGUUUAUGGGUUUUUUCUCUUGUUUUCCCCCAAAAAUAAAAAAGGAAUUAUUUACAGUAGCACCAUAUCAUAGUCCAUAUGAAUUAUGUGUCAAUUUCCAAACCAUUUAAAGUCAAACGGAACCUUUAUAUAAAGGAAUAAGUUUGAACCCACAAGGACAUUUAUCCAUUGCAAUGCGAUUGUACCAAAUGUCAUAGCGCUUCAACCCGGUUGGCUGUGCAGUUCGACAUUGCUUGACAUUUCUGAAAUAUUGUCGGACGAUACUUCGUCUGCUAAAAAAAUGUUAAUUAAAAAAAAAAAAAAAAUCCAUAAAAAAACCUUUGCUGUCUCUUUCCUUAAUCCCUCCUGUCUUGUGCUUGUACUAAUCUGAACAAUGUCUGAAACUUUAUAUUCAUGGGUUUCAGUCACGUGAUUUUGUUUUUUUGUUGUUGUUUUGGCCACCAUCUUUAGGACCUUGCAUAACCUCUCCUUGGUGAUCGGAAACCAAAUCAACACUUCACCAACAACAGAAAACAAUGAUUUUCACCAGCACGCAAGACUUAGCCCAGUUUAAUUUCUAUAUCUACUGUACCGUUCAUUAAUAUUUAAUUUACUGUAAAACUGAUAAUAUUACCUAGAGAAAA